UGCCUGCCAUCGCCGGGCACUGGGGCUCUCCCACAGGAAGCGGUGCCCGCUCUCUGCGAGCCACAUCCAGCACAACCCUUCGGCCCGGGCAGGCGGCUCUUCCCACCCACGCCUCCUCCUGCUGUCAUUCAUCCCCAUGUGACUGCCGGGCCGCGGGGCUGCCCGCGCGCCAGUUCCUGGGCUCCUCCGGCCGCUGCUCCUUCGCUCCGCGGCCGGCGAGACGCGCCGCCAGCCUGAGGAGAGGCCGGGCUCGGGGCGGGAGCCUAGGCCGGUUAGUGUCUCGGGGAGCUGCGCGGAUCGGACCGGCCUGGGAAGAGUCCGUGGCUGCUGCGGCGCCCCGGAGAAGAGAGCCCGCGAGGGCUCCCCCAGUAGGUGUGAUGCCACCUAAAGGGCGUGGAAAAAGCAAGCUCCCUGUUCCCCUUCCCAAAGGAAUGAUAAUGAAAGACACUGAAGGAAAGGAGUGGAGGUUGGGCAAUAUAAUUGGCCAGGGAGGAUUUGGAUUGAUCUAUUUAGCUUCCUCUCAUGUUCAUAUUCCUGUAGAAGAUGAUGCUGUGCAUGUAAUUAAAGUGGAAUAUCAUGAAAAUGGGCCUUUGUUUUCUGAAUUAAACUUUUACCAGAGAGCUGCAAAACAAGAGCACAUCAAAACGUGGAUGAAGCUCAGACAAAUAGGAUUUUUAGGAAUUCCGGUAUUCUGGGGAAGAGGCACGGCUGAAUACAAUGGAAAAAGGUAUAGAUUCAUGGUCAUGGAAAGAUUAGGGGUAGACCUGCAAAGAAUCUUGGACAAUGAUGGACACCGGUUUAAAAAAGAAACAGUUCUGCAACUUGGGGCCCGAGUGUUGGAUGCCUUGGAAUAUGUGCAUGAAAAUGAGUUUGUUCAUGGUGACAUUAAAGCAGCAAAUCUGCUUCUGGGCUACACAAAUCCACAUGAGGUUUAUCUUGCAGAUUAUGGACUUUCCUACAGAUAUUGUCCCAAAGGGAACCACAAACCGUAUAAGGAAAAUCCUAAAAAGGGCCAUAAUGGGACAAUAGAGUUUACCAGCUUAGAUGCCCACAAGGGAGUAGCCCCAUCCAGAAGAGGUGACCUUCAAAUCCUUGGCUACUGCAUGCUACAGUGGUUAUGUGGGAAACUACCCUGGGAACAGAACCUGAAGGAUCCUGUAUCUGUCCAGACUGCUAAAAUAAAACUGAUGGACGAGCUCCCAGAUUCGGUGAUGAAGUGGGGUCCGGCUGGAAGCAGUUGCUGUGAAAUAGCUAAGUUUUUGGCAUGUGUUUAUGGUUUAACUUAUGAGGAAAAGCCGAAGUAUCAAGUGCUAAAGAAAAUCUUGGUGGAUGGACUCAAAUCAAGUGGAACUUUUUACGAUGGCCCUCUGGAAUUUUCCACUGCUGGAUGUGCACUAAAUCUGUGUGCUUCUAAAGAUCUGAAAGCUGAUUUACCAAAGCCUACACCAAAACAGUUUAAACAAAAAGAAAGCAAGCUGGAUGAUAAAGAACAUAAUUGUCUGAGAAAAGCUAAUAUUCAGGUAACACACAGACAAUUACAAGAACAAGAGAAACCAGGUGGAUUGAACCAGAUGUGUCAGCAUAAUGAACCACUGCUGGAAAACACCGUAAGACAACUACACAGGCACUAUCCCCAAAAAGUUUUCUGUGAAGUUAAAAAGAAACACCACCAAAACAGCAUUACAUAUUCUCCAGUAUCUUUGCAAGAACCCAAUAGAGAUUUUACUUGUCCUUCUGUAUCCAGUAUUUUUAAGCUUGCAUUUACUGAAGAGAGGUACCGAUACACCAUGACGAUACUUGUACUUCUGAUAUUAAUAUUCCUUGUGUUGUAUUUUCUUUGAUGUCACCAUUUAAAAUGUCUUGAGUUUAUGUGCAGUGUCAUUAGCCCAAAGCUGUACAAGUUAUUUUUUCAAAGUUUCUUCAUAGACAUUUUCACCGAGAUUGGCUUAAAAAAGAUUUGUGAAGUAACAUACUGUAAAUAGAUACGUUUUAACAUCUACAAUGUACAAGGCUACAUGUGUGUUACACUAUUUUUAUUUGGUUGUUUCUAUUCUGAACAUUAGGCAUGCUUCCCAGAACUAGUCCUUUCAUAGAGUAAUACUAAAAAUCGUAGAAGAAUUAAAUCUCCUGUGUCUUUCAUGAUAAAGGACUCUGGUAUAUGUUUGAUAUAUAGACAUUGUUACAUUUUACUUUUACACUUGCUUCAACAAAUAGUUUUAAAUACUGGUGCAUGUAAUUAGUAACUCCAUGCUGUAAUUUUUACAGUGGAAUAAAAUAUAAAAUCCA